CAUCAGUAGCAAGGGCAGCAGCAGAAAACGCUUCUUGAUGCUAAAAUUGUGUAUUUUCAUGCAAUUGCUGUCUCUUCACGAAGAACACAAUGCUUUCAAAGCAUCUGUAGAGUAGCUUUCUUCGUCUGAUGGGUUGGAUAAUGCACUUUUUCAAAAGUUUAAAAGUUUGUUACAGGUUGAGGAGGCGUUGUGUAAAAGUUGUUUCUCGUCUGAUCUAAUUCAUUCAGCCAAUCAUUACUCAGAAGUACCGACGUUAAAGUAUCCGUGUUUAAUUGAACCUUUUUUUAUGCGUGGAAUUGUUAUCCUCGUCAGACACUUUCUAAAUUAUAUCUAACACACUGCCUUCAUAUUAAAUUACAUGCUACCUGGAAAUCUAGACUGCAAAAUGAAGGUUCAUGAUUGUGAUUUUCUUAUUUGAGUAAAGGUAUUUUCAAUCUGUAGCCGAAUACAAGUAGAUAGUACACAGGGCGGUGUCUAAAAUUUAGGAAUAGCGUUUGUCCAACCUGCCGCGAUGAAUUUGAAGGUGAAACGUGCCCUCAUGCAGUACUAACCCCAAUUAACAUUUGCAGUCAGCUCCUCUCACUUCCAUUUGUGCCUACUAGUGGGCUAAUGUCUUCAUUUGAUCUCUUGCAUGUAGUUUGAUCAAACCACUAAAACAUAUUUGGGUUGAUAAAUGCUUAACAUGUAUAUCAUUUUGUAAACCCAUGUCACUACAUUUUGGAGAGCAAGACCAACAUGCUAUUGCCAUGUGAAACAGGAUGCUGUUUUAUCUGUGACUAGUGGUUGGUGGUGACAGCAGCAGGAGGGGUGUUUGUAACUGUUGGACUGUACAAAGCCCUACAUGUAGGCUAUACUUGGUUGGGCAACAUUAAGGAAGGGUAUGCUCUUCAUGUACAUCCUCUUGUCAUUCUGAGAGUCUGUAUGAGCUGUUGUGCCUGAUGGCUCCAGCAUGCUGGUGACAUGCUGCUGUAAUAGGAUAUCUCUUCUCUCUGGAUCAAACUCACCUGGUGCCGUACAGUACCUUCAGGACAGUGUUUGGAGGUCCCAUAGGUAGGCUUACCAUAGGUGAUUCUGUGAUGAGCCGUCGCAAGGUGUCUUUGAAGGAGCUGGGUCAGGUGGACUACCAGGGCUGGCUCUACAAGAAGAAGGAGAGCAAGGGCUUCCUGGGAACAAAAUGGAAGAAGUACUGGUUUGUUCUGAAAAAGAUCUCUAUGUACUGGUACACUGGUCAAACGGCUGAGAAAGCAGAAGGAUACAUCCACCUUACAAACUUCACUGUCGACCAAGCAACAGAGUGCAAGAAAAAGCAUGCUAUGAAGGCCAGCCAUCCACAGGUUGUGACACUCUACUUUGCCGCCGACAGUCUGAGAGAGAUGAACAAGUGGCUGUCUAAACUGUCAGCAGCAGCAGCGGCUGCUACACUGGACGAGUCGUCAGAGAGGAACACUGGGGAGUGCUACAGUGAGGAGAGCGACCAAGAGGAGGUUGAGUCACUGGAGACAUCUGACGCUUUCGACUCUGAGCAGCUGACCAUAGACUCUGUUAAUGGAGAUGUCCCCCCAUCUUGCUCCACCUCGUCCCCAUGUCACUCCAUUGACCCCAUGUCUGCCCCUGACAGCAUUGUGACUUCAGAGAGCACGGAGUCCUGGCUGGAUGCCCCUUCUCCAGAGAGGGCAGUGGGACAGGGUGCUCCCCUCCACCCCUUCAGACUGGAAGAGGAGGAUGGACCGGGGGCUGAGGUCCAGGGAGGAAAGGAGGAGGGCACAUCUGAUGAAAUGGAGGCACUGUACAUCCAUCUGAAGCAUGCCAGACUAUCUCCAUCUGGAGAACUGAAGAGGGACUUCAGAGCGUCAUUCAUUCAACGCUGCAAAAAUGACAGAGUCAAUGAGAAGCUGCAUCUGGUUAGGACCCUCAACAGCACUUUAAAGGCAAAAGAAGCCGACCUGUUGGCUAUAGAUCACGUGCUGGCAGAUCCCCUUCUUACUGCACAGAGGUAUCGUCAAUGGAGGGUUGGGAACGUGGAGCUACUGCAGGAGAUCACUCAUCUCAAAAUGGGCCCACCAGGUGGCAGCAGAGAGCAGUCUUUCCCCCUCGAAGCUCCGCGGACCCACUGCAUCGCUGAAACCAGUGUGUGACCAACACAGAACAAUGAUAGGCAUAGAGGCAUCGGAUACGAUUCUCCACGGCCCCUAUUUAUAAAGUGGCUCAGUUUAGGAGUGUUGAUCUAAGAUCAGCCCCCACCCCUUAAGGCGAAACUGAUUUUAGAUCAGCACUACUCUGAGAUACUUUAAUAGUAGGAGCCCAGGCAUGCCCAUAAACAAAAAAACAACAGCAUUGUAUUCCUUAUUUUAUCGAGAAUAUUCCUGAAAAAGUGUUGUGGAUAUUCCUAUGCUUUCUUGUAUGAAUGGUUAUCCAUGUUUCUUAGUCUUUUAAACACAUUUUAUUUUAUGACAUGUGCAGUAUAGUGCCACUUAGGGAUUUUGGGAAUAAGAUGCUCCCUCUUUUAAAAGGAAACGUAAUUAUAAUGGCACAUUUUGCAUUCCUUUAGAAAUGUUGCUAAAUCACAGGGUCAUGUAUCCUAUCACUGGGUACGGAUUGGGUGUUAAUACUAUUUUUCUAGUCACCAUUGUUUGUAACACUGAUAUUAGGGAAGUUUGUUCUAGGUACACACCUUGUUCAAUUAGUUUCACAUCACUGAGUCUGGCCUAAGUAGAGUUUGUCUAAAUAACUUUUUCUAUCAUAAGUAAAUCAGCAUUGACUAAAUUAUGUUUUUAUUUGUUUUUAAUAUUUUAUCAUUCAAACUUUGUAAAUAUUUUGUACAUUGUGGAAGGUUUUGUGGAACGAACUUGUACUGUUUACAUUUUGUAUGAAUUUAACAAGCAUAUGCUAAACAAAUAAAGUCAGACCUUUUUGCUAAGUCAAA